AUGUACAUGUACUUUUUCUAUUUUGGACUAUUCCUGAAAGUGAAAUGUGAUGACUAUAAACUUUCCAUUCUCAUUUUUCCCGAAGAUGAAUUCAAAGAACAAGUUGGAUUGGUUACGGUAGGGGCUCUCUCUUUUUGGGACCCUUUUCUAGAUCUAGAUUUCCAGAGUGCGUUUAUUGAGGUUUUUGGAAGUUCGAAAUAUAUAAUAUCAGAUCAUUCAAUUGAACCAAUAUAUAUAGAUGCGAGAAACCCAUUAAAUCGUCUAGAAAUGACCCAAAAUAUAGUUUGUGGUGAAAUGUUGAGUUCAUCACUAGCCUCGGUGAUUUAUUCCUCAUCAGUUUCAAUUUCUCCAACCUCAUUUCUCCGACUUGUCUCAUCUACAACUUAUGCGUUAUCAUUAUAUAAUUUACCAGUGAUUGGUGUUAUGGUUCGAGAUGCAGAGUUCAGCAAAAAACAUAUUUAUCCGAAUUUUAUCCGAACCACAGCUUCUUUGUCUGAUGAAGCAUAUGUGUUUCUUCAUUUACUUUUACGUCUUCAAUAUCGACAAGUUGUUGUUUUAAGUAUCAAGGGAGAUAUAAAUGGCGAACAAUUUGUGGAGGAAUUUGAGAAUCGAAGAGUUGGAUUUAAAAUAAUUGUUCAACAAUAUAUUCAAAUUGAGUUGAAGGGGAAUUUGAAAGAGAAUUUGGCGGAAAGUUUUGAGGAAGUUACGUCGAAUAUUAUUGUUUUGUUUGCGAAGUGAGUUUUUUGGGUUGAAUGGCCCGGAGAUUAUGAGCACUUUAAAAAAUUGAUGAAUGAAACUCAAAAUGAACUUACUUACUUCACAACAAAAUUGAAGUUGAACAUAAUCAUUGCUCCUUUUCUGCCAAACUCGAUGAACGCGUUAUUCUUGAGUUCUUUUCGAGCCAAGAAAACUGAAAUUUAGUAAUAAAUUAGGUGAAAUAGUAAUGCGAUCCAUAAAAAUAAAAAAAAUACACUAAAAUUAGCCUUUUAUGGUAAAAACAACGAAAAACUGUCUCAAAACGGAAAAAAAGAAAAAUAAGUUGAAAUUUUAUUGCGCUAAACAACAGGCAGGCGCACAAACGGAGUGACGUACUAAAAACCGGGCGCUUUAUAUAAAUUCCAGAAAAACUGAAAAAAAUAAAUGAUAAAUGUGGCCGAGAAAUGUCGGGAAUUCGGCCAAAGCAACAAACGCGCUCCACCAAUGAGAAUUUUUGCAACAUUGGAGCGAGUUUGUUGCUUUGGCCGAAUUCCCGACAUUUAUCGGCCACAUAUAUCUUUUCAUUUUAUGUUCAACUUCAAUUUUUUUGUGAAGUAAGUGCGUUUUGAGUUUAAUUCAUCAAUUUUUCAAAGUGCUCAUAAUUUCCGUUUAAAACCCAUUCAAUUAAUUAACAGAAAAGAAGACGCUGUUCAAAUUUUCGACAACGCUGGUGAUCUAACCGGAAAAGGUAAAGUUUGGAUUGUCAGCGAACGUGCCGGAUAUGCUCAUAACGUUCCAAAUGGUUCACUCGGCUGCAGUCUUGUUCAACAACCUUUGUCCGUUCUUCGAGACAGUUUCCAGAUUUUAAAAUCUGCUUUUGAUAUUGUUUUAUCGAACUCGACAAUCAUUCCACCUUAUAAAUGUAACACAACAAUUGAUAAAACAUGGAGUGAAGACGAUGCUCCAAUGUUGUUAAAAGAAAUAUGUGAGACUUCGAUUACCGGUGUUCAUUUCAAUGAAAAAUGUGAGCGAAUUGGAGUGGCUUAUUCAAUUAUCAAUUUUUAUGGGAAACAAAACAAAGUUGGUAGUAUGGUAGGUCAUUUUUUCAAACGAAUUGAAUAUAAUUGAUCUCCGAAUAGAUUGGAAGCGAAUUGCAACUUUCUGAACAUUUAAUCGAAUGGGCUGGAGAAUCGAAACCUCUCGAGAUAACUCUCCCAAAACAUUUGAGAGUGGUCACCGUCGCUGAUCCCCCAUUCGUUUAUACAAUCCCAAUCGAAAAUUUGGAACUAUGCCAAGAAUUGGGUAACGAACGAAUCCCUUUGAGUAAUUAUGCAAAUGAUGAUAUUGAUGUUCCUGGUCCCUGGUAUCCCUGUCCAAUGAAAACAUCAAAUGAGACUAUGUUUUAUUGUUGUGCUGGAUUAGCUAUCGAUUUGUUGAGUAAUUUAUCGCCAUCUGAAGUGAAUGCAAGUAUCGAUACCAGUUUUACAUUUUCGAUUCAUUUGAAUGAAUCUUAUGGGGUGAUACAAGCAGCCGAAACGGUAGGUUUUCGAAGGAAAGUUCCCCACACGACCAUUUACUCCAAUUGCCCCUCGGGUCAGACGAGAGACGACGGGAGAAAAUAUGUGUCCCUUUGAAAGAAUACCACAUUUUGUUUAAAGGAACACAUGAAAAUAUCUCGAAGCGAAAUACAUUUACUCUCGUCGUCUCGCGUCUGACUCAACGGGCGCCUUUGAGGUCUAGAAUUUGAAAUAUUUCUGAUUACCUUGUCAGAUCGGUCUGAGCAUCGGUGGAGUGAUUGGUGAACUCGAUGCAGAUACAGCAGAUAUGGCGAUCGGAGGAAUCACAAUAAAUCCGGAGCGAGAACGAAUUGUUGAUUUCAGCGAGCCUUGGUUGUAUCAUGGUAUUCGGAUUCUCGAGAAAAAUAUACCUCGAGACUCCCCGAUGCAAUCAUUUCUUCAACCACUUCAAUCCUCUCUCUGGACAGCACUCUUCAUUUCUGUCCUUCUUGUUGGACUCGCCAUCUUUUUCCUCGAUUUCAAGAGUCCUUUUGAUCGAUUUUAUCAAAUGGAUCGAAAAAUGAAUGAGGAUUUGUUCGGGGAAGGAGAUGCUGAUAAAGAUGACAAUGUGAAUUUUAAUGAGGCAAUGUGGUUUGUAUGGGGAGUAUUGUUGAAUAGUGGAGUUUCGGAAAGUGAGUUCGCGUUUAUUUUUUUUGUUGAAAAUAUACAUAAAAAAUUCAGAAACGCCUCGAAGUUGUUCUGCGCGUGUUCUUGGAAUUGUUUGGUGUGGAUUUUGUAUGAUAAUGGUAGCAUCUUACACAGCAAAUCUAGCUGCUUUUCUUGUGUUAGAUCAGCCAGAGAAGGGUUUAACAGGAGUAACUGAUCCAAGGGUAAGUGCUUAAUUUAAGAAAUUAAUUUUUAAAUUUUUAAAAAAAAAAUUUCAGCUCAGAAAUCCAAGCGCAAAUUUUUCAUUUGGCACAGUUCUCAACUCAAACGUCUACCAAUAUUUCAAGCGACAUGUUGAAUUAUCAUCAACGUUUCGGAAAAUGGAACCUCACAAUGUUCACAAAGCUUCAGAAGCUGUGCAUUCAUUGUUGAAUGGAUCACUAGAUGCAUUUAUUUGGGAUUCAACUCGUCUGGAAUUCGAGGCUGCCAGGCAUUGUGAUUUGAGGACAAGGGGUUCGCUUUUUGGUAGAAGUGCGUAUGGAAUUGGAUUGCAGAAGAAUAGUCCUUGGACACCGCAUAUAACACAAGCUAUUUUGAGAAUGUCAGAGAGUGAGUUACGAAGGUUGAGGCUCAGGAAAAAAUUCCUUUUUCCAAAAUUUCCAAACAAAAAAAAAUUAUUAAAAAAUUUUUUUUAAAUUUCUCCACCUGACCUCUCCUCAAAAAAACAAGUUCAGGUGGAGUUAUGGAAACUCUCGACAGAAAAUGGAUUGAUAUCAGCGAUACGUGUGUUGUCGAAGUUCACAAAUCUCCAGCUCGACUUGGUCUUGUCAACAUGAAAGAUAUUUUCAUUCUUGUUUCAACUGGAGUUUUGUCAGGAGUAUUUUUCAGUUUCAUCGAAGUCACUUAUGGACGAUGGCUGGCUGAAAAAGGGUAGAGUUCUGAACGUUCCACUUGACGUUGAGAAUAAAAUGAUUUUCUAGACGCCGUCGUGUCAUAGUCUUACGGUAUUUCAAAAAAUGGCACGAUAUGACUGCAUCUUCAAGACGAUUGAAAUAUGAUUUAUCACGACCGAUUAUUCGAAGAGGGUUUUCUGGCCUGGAGCGAUGUACAUUUGGAGAAAUUCGAGAAAAGCGACAGAUUCGCGGUUUGCCGAUUGCGAGAAUCGAUGAAUAUUGUUUUUGGCCAGAUUUGGAUUUUUGUGAAAAACCUGUUGUUUUGUUCUGCUCACGGUGUAGGGUAUGUUUUGAAUUUCUAUACAAAAAAUAUGAUCUGGGGUGAAUUUUGGACUACGAGAGGACUUCUCAGAGAUACAGUGCUUUUAAAAAUGUUCAAAUGUUGAUGAAUGAUCACUUACUUCACAAAAAAUUGAACAAAUUAAAAAAACACGCUAUUUUAAAAAAGAAGAAGAGCGUCCAAAUCGAGAGAAAGGACAGAGACGCGAAAAACUCCCUUUAAGGAGGCAUGCGAAGCAAUUUCUACAGUAGUUUUACGAAAAUCUGUUUGUUCGUGUCGAGAAACGAGCGUCUUUUUCUCUGCGCCACUCUCUCGAUAUGGACAGCCAAAAAUAGCGUGAAAAAAUGAAAAAAUAACUGAAAAAAUAAAAUAUAUGUGGCUGAACUAUUCUGAUGGCCGAGAAAUUUCGGGAAUUCGGCCAAAGCAACAAACUCGCUCCAAUGUUGCAAAAAUUCUCAUCGUUAGAGCGCGUUUGUUGCUUUGGCCGAAUUCCCGACAUUUCUUGGCUGAACGCGCUGAAAAAAAGACACAUAAAAUUCAAACGUGCCGCUUGUUCGCUAGAGCGCGCUUUCCUCGACAUUCUCUCGUAUCCUCGUGGCAGUUUUCAAUUUUUUGGGGAUACACGCUGCUAGAAAUAGUGCGAAACUUCAUUUUUGCCCGCAAUCCCCCUUUAAAAGUUCAAAAACUCACAAUAAACAUCACCAAGUCCAAAUCGAGCGAUUUUUCCGGCGAGCUGUAUUGAUUGCGGAGCAUUUUUCUGGAAAAAAAACGAUGCGGUGUUGGAUUGUCGAAUAACCACGUCGACCCAACUGCUGCAAUGGGUGUACGGUUUUUCGAGUUUUCCGCGAAGUGCUACGAGAAAAAACCUCAACUAGAAUUCAUGAAACUCCUUAUUUCCAUAGAUUUUAACAUGCUGAUCACGAAUAUGAAAUCAGUUUUCAAAAUGGUUCAGUAGUUUUCUUGCAUUUUGAUGCAUUCUGUCUCACACUCAUUGCAGCAGUUUGUUCUUUAGUGGGUCGACGUGUAACAGUCAGCGAAGCAAAAACAAAGAAAAAAAUGAAUAAAAAAUCGAUUUUUUGGUUGGCGCGUCGAAAAAAUAAAAUUUCGCGGGCAGGUUUUGAAUUUUUUGUGUGUUGCGUGUCAAGACGCAGUUGUCAAUUGCAAUGUUCCUUUGAAUGAUACCGUACCACACAAACGUUUUUUUUCGGUUUUUUUCAUUCAUCAAUAUUUGAACAUUUUUGCGGGGCCAUUUAAGAUCCCUGAUUUUUUUAAAUUCGGAGCUCAGAAGCUAAACUAACACCCAAAAACAAUCAAAAAUGUUACAGAAUAUAGUGGAAACCGAUGUCCAUCGUGAAACCGGCCUUUUCGCAAUUCUAUCAUGUUUUUUAUUCGCCAUUCUAUUUCUCUGGCCCUGUUCUCCACUUCCAUGUUUUCUCAAUUCUUUUAGUGAUUUUGUCCAUAUUUGUCCGUUAUGCUCUCAUCGAAUUGGAAGAUUACGAAGAGCUCGAGGCGCUAAAUUUUAUGUUUGA